AUGUCUUUCACUGCAACCAAGUUUGCACCGUCUCCUCUCCCUCUCAAUUCCACCACCCCCAGAUCCAAUGACAAGCCUCUCUCUUUCUCCUUCGAUCACUCCAAACCCAACCCUUCUUCCUCUUUCCUUGGAUCCACUCGCAAGCUUCUUCGCUUCAAUGCUCUUGCUAAGCCUCAUGCUCGUGCUCGUGCUUCUUCCCCUGUUGCUGCUGUUCUUCUCCAACAAACCUCCAAUCUGCUUGUUACUAAAGAGGAAGGGUUGGAGCUCUAUGAAGACAUGAUACUAGGGAGGUUCUUCGAGGACAAGUGUGCCGAGAUGUAUUAUAGGGGCAAAAUGUUUGGUUUUGUUCACUUGUACAAUGGCCAAGAGGCUGUGUCAACUGGAUUCAUCAAGCUUCUGAAGAAGGAGGAUUAUGUAGUGAGCACCUACAGAGAUCAUGUUCACGCAUUGAGUAAGGGGGUCCCAUCUCGGGCCGUGAUGAGUGAACUGUUUGGGAAGGCAACAGGAUGCUGCCGAGGUCAGGGCGGUUCAAUGCAUAUGUUUUCAAAAGAGCACAACAUGCUUGGCGGGUUUGCAUUCAUUGGUGAAGGAAUUCCAGUGGCCACUGGGGCUGCAUUUUCAAGCAAGUACAGAAGGGAGGUGUUGAACCAGGCAGAUGCUGAUCAGGUGACAUUGGCAUUUUUUGGAGAUGGGACUUGUAACAAUGGACAGUUCUUUGAAUGCCUGAACAUGGCAGCUCUGUGGAAAUUGCCAAUUGUGUUCGUGGUUGAGAAUAAUUUGUGGGCUAUUGGGAUGUCGCAUCUCAGAGCAACUUCAGAUCCGCAGAUAUGGAAGAAAGGGCCAGCCUUUGGAAUGCCAGGGAUUCAUGUUGAUGGGAUGGAUGUUUUGAAGGUCAGAGAGGUGGCGAAGGAGGCAAUUGAAAGGGCUAGAAGGGGAGAGGGACCAACUCUAGUAGAAUGUGAGACCUACAGAUUUAGAGGACAUUCAUUGGCUGACCCUGAUGAGCUUCGCGACCCUGCUGAGAAGGAACACUAUGCUGGUAGGGACCCCAUCACUGCACUGAAACAAUACCUUAUUGAGAACAAUUUAGCCAGUGAGCAAGAAUUGAAGGCCAUAGAGAACAAAAUCGACGAGGUUCUUGAUGAUGCAGUUGAGUUUGCAGACAAGAGCCCUCUUCCACCCCGCAGUCAGCUGCUGGAGAAUGUCUUUGCUGACCCAAAAGGCUUUGGAAUUGGACCAGAUGGAAGGUAUAGAUGUUUUACGUACAGUGGGCCUAGCUUAAUUUGUCAUCCUCUACACUAUCUACUGCACUUCUCAUCCUUUCCUUUUGGGCGGAUAGAAGCAAAACAAACAAAAAUGCCUCCCGCUAGUUACAGUCUAUUUCACACUUUCGUUACAACCUCUUCUCAUUCUUCUUCUGUGCUUCCCUUGAAACUGUUCAAACCCCAAUUGAAGCGAUUCAUUUUACAUUUCGGGCUUCCAAGGCGUUCUCGCACACCUCUAGAACCUUUUUUUUCUUCUCCUUCUUCUUCUAUCUCUCAGCUGAAGAAAACUAGGGACGUGGUUGAAGAAAGGAUUUAUGGAGAAGAAUCCGUUUACCCUCAUAAGGGUGAUGCUUUUUCAGACCAAGAACAUAACGAAAAGCUUGAAAAAGCGUGUGAAGUGUACGUGUGCAACCUCCCCAGAAACUGUGAUGCAGCAUACUUACUUGACAUGUUCAGGCCAUAUGGGACCAUUCUAUCUGUCCAGGUUUGCCGGAAUGAUGAGACUAAUGAAAGUAAGGGGUGUGGUUACGUGACACUGGGAUCUAUAUACUCAGCAAGAAAUGCAGUUUCUGCGUUGGAUGGAUCAGAUGUUGGUGGGCGCGAAAUGAGGGUUAGAUUUUCAAUUGAGAUGGAUUUUAAAAGGAGGGGAUCUUCCACCAAGAGAAUCUUAUACUAUGAAUCUUCUCAUAAGUUGUAUGUUGGCAAUCUUGCUAAGACUAUUAGACCUGAACAGUUGAGAGAUCUCUUUAGCAGAUUUGGAAAUAUAGUUGGUGCAAGAGUAUUGCUUGAUUUUAAACAAGGGAAAAGCCGAGCCUAUGCCUUUCUCUCCUUUCAAUCAGAGGCAGAACGUGAUGCAGCAAUGUCUCUCAAUGGAACAGAAUUUUAUGGUCGAACACUAAUAGUUAAAGAGGGUGUUGAGAGGACAACCUUUAACUGA